CCUACGGUAUACCCUAGCUUUAUAUAUAUUCGUUCCCCGAAUCCAAUCUUCCGCCCUUCCAUUUCCUCCUCUCAGUGUAACUUCGAGGCCACUGGGAGCAUUUCCUUUCUCCGAGUGUCGCCGCCUCACUUUCUACUCCUUCUGUGUCCUUGGGCGAAACGCCUUCCAUUUUACAAUUUUGUUGUUGUAGCAUUUAAAUUACUCAAAAUGGUGAAGUUUACAGCUGACGAGCUCCGUAGGAUUAUGGACUACAAACAUAACAUUCGUAACAUGUCUGUUAUUGCUCAUGUCGAUCAUGGGAAGUCCACGCUCACCGAUUCCCUUGUAGCUGCUGCUGGUAUCAUUGCUCAAGAAGUUGCUGGUGAUGUCCGCAUGACAGAUACCCGUGCUGAUGAAGCUGAACGUGGUAUCACUAUCAAGUCUACCGGUAUCUCACUGUAUUAUGAGAUGUCUUCUGAUUCAUUGAAGAGCUACAAGGGAGAGCGCCAAGGGAAUGAGUACCUUAUCAAUCUGAUUGAUUCCCCUGGGCACGUUGACUUUUCAUCUGAGGUCACAGCUGCUCUCCGCAUUACUGAUGGUGCACUUGUGGUGGUUGACUGUGUUGAGGGUGUAUGUGUCCAGACAGAAACUGUGCUCCGGCAGGCUUUAGGUGAAAGGAUCCGACCUGUAUUGACCGUUAACAAGAUGGACAGGUGCUUCCUUGAGCUCCAAGUUGAUGGAGAGGAGGCUUACCAAACAUUCCAGAGAGUUAUUGAGAAUGCAAAUGUUAUUAUGGCCACAUAUGAGGAUCCCUUACUCGGAGAUGUUCAGGUGUACCCUGAGAAAGGAACAGUUGCUUUCUCUGCUGGGUUGCAUGGCUGGGCUUUCACUCUGACCAAUUUUGCCAAGAUGUAUGCUUCCAAAUUUGGCGUUGACGAGGCCAAGAUGAUGGAACGUCUCUGGGGUGAAAAUUUCUUUGAUCCUAGCACCAAAAAGUGGACCAGCAAGAAUACUGGCACCCCUACUUGCAAGCGUGGCUUUGUUCAGUUUUGCUAUGAACCCAUUAAGCAGAUCAUCAGUACUUGCAUGAAUGAUCAGAAAGAUAAGCUGUGGCCAAUGUUGAAGAAGCUUGGAGUAACCAUGAAGGCCGAUGAGAAGGAUUUGAUGGGGAAGGCCUUGAUGAAGCGUGUGAUGCAGACAUGGCUUCCUGCAAGCAGUGCACUACUGGAAAUGAUGAUCUUCCAUCUCCCAUCCCCUGCCACAGCUCAAAAAUACCGUGUUGAGAACUUGUACGAGGGACCCCUUGAUGAUCCUUAUGCUAACGCCAUUAGGAAUUGCGAUCCUGAUGGUCCUCUUAUGCUCUAUGUGUCCAAGAUGAUUCCUGCAUCAGACAAGGGAAGGUUUUUUGCCUUUGGUCGUGUGUUCUCUGGAAAAGUCUCAACUGGCCUGAAAGUUAGAAUCAUGGGUCCCAACUAUGUUCCAGGAGAGAAAAAGGACUUGUACGUUAAGAGUGUACAGAGGACUGUCAUCUGGAUGGGAAAGAAACAGGAAACAGUCGAGGAUGUGCCAUGUGGCAAUACAGUUGCCAUGGUUGGUUUGGAUCAAUUUAUUACUAAGAAUGCUACCUUGACAAAUGAGAAGGAAACUGAUGCCCACCCAAUCCGUGCAAUGAAAUUCUCAGUCUCACCCGUUGUUCGUGUAGCUGUGCAGUGCAAGGUCGCCUCUGACCUUCCCAAGCUGGUUGAAGGUCUGAAGCGUCUUGCUAAGUCUGAUCCUAUGGUUGUCUGUACCAUUGAGGAGUCUGGGGAGCACAUCAUUGCUGGUGCUGGAGAGCUGCACCUUGAGAUCUGCUUGAAGGAUCUGCAGGACGAUUUCAUGGGUGGUGCUGAAAUUAUAAAGUCAGAUCCUGUUGUGUCAUUCCGUGAGACAGUCCUUGAGAAGUCAUGCCGGAUUGUGAUGAGCAAGUCACCUAACAAGCACAACCGUCUGUACAUGGAAGCUAGGCCCAUGGAAGAGGGACUUGCUGAGGCCAUUGAUGACGGGCGCAUUGGUCCAAGGGAUGAUCCCAAGGUUCGAGCUAAAAUCUUGUCUGAAGAGUUUGCGUGGGACAAGGACCUUGCAAAGAAGAUAUGGUGUUUUGGCCCAGAAACCACUGGCCCUAAUAUGGUGGUUGAUAUGUGUAAGGGAGUCCAGUACCUCAAUGAAAUCAAAGAUUCAGUUGUUGCUGGGUUCCAGUGGGCAUCGAAAGAAGGUGCACUGGCAGAAGAAAACAUGAGGGCCAUUUGCUUCGAAGUUUGUGAUGUGGUUUUGCAUGCUGAUGCUAUUCACAGAGGUGGCGGCCAAAUUAUUCCAACUGCUAGGAGGGUUAUUUAUGCUUCCCAGCUGACUGCCAAACCGCGUCUUCUGGAGCCCGUUUACUUGGUUGAGAUCCAAGCACCAGAGCAAGCUCUUGGCGGGAUCUACAGUGUACUGAAUCAGAAACGUGGUCAUGUGUUCGAGGAGAUGCAGAGGCCGGGUACUCCUCUCUACAACAUCAAGGCAUACCUCCCCGUUGUUGAAUCGUUUGGAUUCUCAGGCACUUUGAGAGCGGCGACUUCAGGACAGGCCUUCCCCCAGUGCGUGUUUGAUCAUUGGGAUAUGAUGUCUUCCGAUCCGUUGGAGUCUGGAUCACAGGCAGCAAAUCUUGUAGCUGAUAUUCGUAAAAGAAAAGGUUUGAAGGAACAGAUGACACCCCUCUCCGAGUUCGAGGACAAGCUGUAAGCUUGCCUCGCUGUGAAUUUGAAGCAGCUGCAGCUGCAAGGUAAACCUCCAUUUGAGAGAGAGAGAGGAAUGAUGAAGAGACAUGAUGAUGCAGUACAAUUUUUGUUGGGUCUUUCAUUACUUUUUUUUGUUUUUUAAUCAGAUGUGAAACUGUGAACUAGCAUUUGAGUUUUCUGGGUGUCGAUUCCCAGGGACGGGGUAUUAUUACUGUGUGAUGUUUGUUUUCUAUUUGGACCAGCGAACGUGCUUUAGGUACUACAAGGUUUUAAUAUGUCCGUUCUUAAUUGCGUUUA